AUGAGCUUCAACGUCCACCCAGACAUCGAGGCCUUGUUCGAGCAAGAGGCAGCUGCGAACGUGGAGGACAGGACCUAUGUUCCUGUUGCCACGAAUAUUAACCAGGCAAGGAACACAUAUAAUGCUUACCUAAACACGUACAACGUCGACGAGGAACAUACUGGAGAUCAGCAGUUUCCUCAGCAAACUGCCCAGCAGCAAGCCGCUCUGGCUCGACGACUCCAUGAUUCCAUCAUAGAUAGCGAUGAAGUGGAUAAGUCAAAGGUCCAUGCCCCGGCCGUUGCAAUCUCUCUUAUCGCGUGGAAACUCGUGGAAGCGCUCGAGGACGCACAGCGUGGGAUCUGCCGAGUCGAUCCGCAUUUCACCAAGGGCGGUGCCAAGUACGAGGCAUUUGAAUCUAUUGAGGAUCGUGCCGAUACAGUGUGUGAAGCGCUCAAGAGUGAUGCUUCACUGUGCGUCAACAUGUUUCAGGGAGACAUCUGGAUCAGACGCCUGUGCUGGAACCCGGCGAGAGAGUUGAAGCUCAAGAAGUCCAACGCAAAGGGCAAUGCGAUUAAGAACCAGACAGUGAAGGUCGCGGCAGAUGCCAUGAGGAGAGAGUUGUUUAUCGUCGCUGACGACGGUUCUAUCACCAGACGUGAUGGAACUCAUGUUGCAAACAGCGUCGCAGACAAUCUGCCUCCCAGGAUGCUGCAGGCGGCUGCAAAAGACCGCACGCGAACCCGAGUUGGUGAUCGCGCAGACAUCAAGAAGAUGUCUGGAUUUCACAAAAGCAGCACUGCACGGAGGGGUAGCUUUAUGGCUCACAGACAGGCAGAGCCUUCUAGCACAAACUGGAAUGAACCUCUUAUGACAGGGGCUUUGAACGAUCCAGUCAAUAACUCAUAUGCUAGUCAGGAUUUCUGGGGUAUCCGAGGACACUCCGACUUUCUCUCCCCUGUGAACAGCACAGUGCCGCCCACGCAACCUGUGUUCCCGAGUCAGGUCGGCAUAGUAACUGGAGAAGUCUCUCACCAGUCUCAGCAGGCCACGGGUUCUUUGGUUCAGCCGCAGUCAACUUACGAUAGCUUUGCGUUGCAUCGUCACUCCCGCCCAAUGCAGCUAUUGACGAACGAACAUAGAGGCGGCCAGCAGUUUGAUAUCGAUCUGCAGAACAUCUUGGCAGACUUCAACGGAGGCGGAGGUGCGUCGGACUUCACGUCCCAGUUGCCAGAGAAUCUGCACGACGAACUCCAAUUCGGCGAGGAUAUCAUGCAGCAGAUUGGCAUGCCUGUUGAUCCCGAGCUUCAGGAUCUGGGCCUAGCUAGCGGUGGGUAUGGGUCAGCUGAAGAGGCGCCAAGUGGCCAGAGAGUCGAAGUUCCUACAGGGAGCUUCGACGACCAAAUGGCAUCGUUUGCCUUUGACGAUCAGGUCUUCGACAUACCCCAGGCUAGCCGGUACAACGGCAGCUCUUUUGAACAGGUGCAAGGCCUCCACUCUGGUGCCCAGCCAGAGCAACAGGGACAGGAGGAGACGUCUCUCGACAGCUUCUUCGAACUUGAGGAUGCUGGUAACUAA